AUGUCCGACGAAAAGAAGUUUGUGGAGACGUUUCUCCAGCUCAUCGCCCUUGCCGAUGACACUGCUGCUGACCAGUUCAAUUCCACCUCCGACUACGGCAAAAUCGAGUCCUUGGGGCCCAGUUUGCCCAAGCUAGACUUCGACUUCCCUAAGCCCAAACAAGCUGAGGAUGGCGAGACCAAGAUCGCGGUGGCAUUCAAGUCCAUCAAGCCACCUUACAAGUUCAGCUCGCUGGUGGACAACGUGCCGGUGUCGUACUCCAUAUACAAGCUCAAGGGCGACUUGAUUGAGACCACUCCGGUGUUGAAGGAGGCAGGCGUGGAGCCCGCAAACUUGAAGUUCAUGUUCAAGUCCAAGGUGUUGCUGGAUACAUCCAUCUUGUCCAGUUUGCCCACCCUUGAGAACGUUUCUAUUAUGGUGAUGGUGUCUGCACCCGAAGCCAAGCCUGCCGCACCAGUGCAAGCAGAGGCUGCCGAUGCCGACCCCGAGGUAAGUGAACCAGUGGUCAUUGGAGCGGCCACUUGGGCCAAGAUCCAUAAGGUGUUACAGGAGGAUUUGGGAGCGAAGGCCCAGGAGGCCCUCGAGAAAUUACAGAGCAAGUGGGAGUAA